AUGAUGCAAUUACCUAUCUGAGGUUUUCUGUAAUCUGGAGUGUUUGCAAUUCCUUAUCAAACACGAUUAAUUCUAACUGUGAAUUUAUGUUGACGUUGUAAUAUAUUGACAAGCAAAAUAUUAGUGUUUGGUGCUAGAACGUAACUGUGUCAUGGGUUUGUUUGGAAAGUCGCAAGAAAAGAACCCUAAGGACAUGGUAAACGAGUGGUCGCAUAAAAUAAGGAAAGAGGGCUUUCAGCUUGAUCGACAAAUAAGAGCUAUUCAGCGUGAAGAAGACAAGGUUAAACGUUCACUUAAGGAUGCAGCAAAGAAAGGUGACAAGGGGGUGUGUACAAUACUUGCCAAAGAAGUCGUAAGGGCCCGUAAAGCCAUUACAAAGAUACAUACAUCCAAGGCACACCUCAACUCCAUACAAUUACAGAUGAAGAAUCAGCUUGCGACCUUGAGAGUGGCUGGCUCCCUCCAGAAGUCAACAGAAGUGAUGCAGGCAAUGCAGUCGCUGGUUCGUGUGCCCGAGGUGGCAGCUACAAUGCGAGAUUUAUCCAAGGAAAUGAUGAGGGCUGGGAUCAUUGAAGAGAUGAUGGAGGAAACAAUGGACACCCUAGAAGACCAAGAUGAGUUGGAGGAGGAGGCACAGGAAGAGGUUGACAAGGUGUUAUGGGAGCUGACAUCAGGACAACUUGGACAGGCCCCAGCAGCUGUUACUCACUCCCUUCCUGCUGCUGGAGAGACGGAGGAAGCCGGAGCAUCGGCAGUUCUGGAGGAUGAGGAGGAGCUGGAAGACAUGCAGAGCAGACUGCAGGCUUUGCGCAGUUAG